CAGCUCCGCCGUGGGGUCUCAGCUCUCCAUCUCCCUCCCCCCCUCCCUGUCUCCCUAUCUUCCCCGGGCGCUGCUGGGAGCCUCCAGGCUGCUGCGCCGCAGGAGGAUGUCUCGCAGGGAGUCUCCACCGCCACCUCCACAGCUGCUGGGAGGGCAGAGGGGGGAGUGUGAGGAGGAGCGGCCGGAGCGAGCGGAGCCACUGUCUGAUGCUGAGAGGGAGAUCAUCCAGGACACAUGGGGGCACGUCUACAAGAACUGCGAGGAUGUGGGGGUGUCCGUGCUCAUACGGUUCUUUGUCAACUUCCCAUCUGCUAAGCAGUAUUUCAGCCAGUUUCGAGAGAUGGAAGAUCCUGAGGAGAUGGAGCAAAGCAGCCAGCUUCGACAGCACGCCUGCAGAGUGAUGAACGCCCUCAACACUGUGGUGGAGAACCUCAACGACCCGGAGAAGGUGUCGUCGGUGCUGGCUCUGGUGGGGAAGGCCCACGCUCUCAAACACAAAGUGGAACCCAUUUACUUUAAGAUCCUGAGCGGCGUGAUCCUGGAGGUUUUGUCUGAAGAUUACCCAGAAUGCUUCACUGCUGAGGUACAGUUGGUGUGGACCAAACUGAUGGGGGCGCUGUACUGGCACGUGACGGGGGCCUACACAGAGGUGGGCUGGCUCCAGGUCUCCAGCUCGGCCGUGUGAAGAAUUGGAAAAACGGCUCAAAGUUGUUAUUUCACAAAAGAAGCAAAUCGAUGUGUGUGAGGAGAAAAAUGUGGUUAAAGAGUUGCAAAGAGGUCAAAUACAUCAAAUCAACACAU